AGCCGUGCAAGUCGUGUUACACCUGGGUAGAAACAUUUUUGUGCUUUUUGUAUUUUCUGUAUAAUAACAAUUCAAGCACGAAGGUUGCGUUACUUAAAACUAAGUCUAGUAAGUGUACACAAAGGCCUACUUUGACGUAUUGUUUUGCACAUAGGAUCUUUUAGGAGAGUUCAAAUGGAAAGUGUUCCAAUCGUGGUACAAGUAAAUCUGAUAGGGGGUGCCAGUAUUUGGAAUUGGAUUUUCUAAUGAAACGACUCGAGUGAAGCAGAUCGUUUUAUAUCACAUGCAACAAGAAAAAGCUAUGCAAUGGAGAGACAAAAAACCAUGCUUCAAACAGGCAGAUUUGCGUGCACCGCCAUGGCACACCACUAAGGAAACACCUGAUAAUAAAUAAGAACUUCGGUACGCUUGCAUGUGGAAUACGGUUGGAUUUUCCUAGCUGUUCUCUGAGUGGGUAAGAUGUCUGCUGUCACUUAUACUCCAUGUAGGCUACUACACAUCACCCCAACUGAAUAUUUAUUCUGCAGUUGUCUGACCCAAAUGCAGUCUUAAGUGUCAUGUUCAAAGGUUGAUUCGUUACACAAGUUUCAGAUGCGUGCAGUUCUUGAUAACCUUGGCCGUAACCUAACUCAGUGGCUCUUUACAGGGGGGUCAGAGCCCACAAAGGGGCGUCGGGGACCUGCAAGAGGGUCCUUGCGAUGAUAAUAAAUUAUAAAACAAUAUGCCAAAUUUUUUAAGUGAAAUACAUAAACAUUAGUACGGAGAGCUUUUUGAAAUUUACACUCAAACACAUCUGUAUUUAAUAUUAGAUUAGAAUGAAUAUGAAUUGAGUUUUUGAAGUUUUUGGUGUUUUAAGUAAACUGUGGCAACUUUCAAACUCAGAGUUUCAGAGGCGGCCCUGAGCAUUUUGGUGCCAUAGGCAAGCUAUUUCUUUUAUCCCUUUUUGUGUCCCUUCAUGAAUUGCUGAAUUGUUCCCAAUACCACAAACAACCCUUGCUGAGUUGAAUUGGUCUUGUUCAUGUACUCUUUGUGUUUUUAUUCUGCAGUAAGGCAGCUCCACAGGGAAUUCCUGAGGGCUGGGGCUGAUGUCAUGCAGACGUUUACUUUCUACUCCUGUGAUGAUAAACUAGACAUCAGUGGGAACGCCCCCAACAUCACAUGUCAGCAAAUCAACGAAGUGGCCUGUGACAUAGCUCGCGAGGUGGCCAAUGAGGGCGGAGCGCUGGUGUGCGCCGGUGUCUCCCAAACGGGCGUCUACAAGGACCGCAGCAGCGAGAGUGAGGUGAAGGCCAUCGUCAAGAAGCAGCUGGACGUGUUCCUCAGGAAAGACGUGGACUUCCUCAUCGCUGAGUACUUUGCACACGUGGAGGAGGCGGUGUGGGCCGUGGAGGUGCUGGUGACGAGUGGGAAGCCGGUGGCGUCGACGCUGUGCAUCUCGCCGAAAGGAGACAUUGACCGAGUUUGCCCAGCAGAGUGUGCAGUCAGGCUGGUAAAGGCAGGUGCUAAGAUCGUGGGGGUGAACUGCCACGUGGACCCCACGCAGUGCCUGAACACGGUGAAGCAGAUGAAGGAGGGCCUGGACACGGCUGGCCUGAGGGCCCACCUCAUGAUCCAGCCCCUGGGCUUCCACUGCCCCGACUGCACCUCUGCAGGCUACAUCGGCCUGCCUGAGUUCCCUUUCGCGCUGGAGUCGCGGGUCGUGAACCGCUGGGACGUCCACAAGUAUGCCAGGGAGGCGUACACAGCUGGCAUCCGCUACAUCGGGGGCUGCUGUGGGUUCGAGCCCUACCACAUCCGGGCGCUGGCAGAGGAACUUGCCCCAGAGAGGGGCUUCCUACCCCCGGCGUCGCAGAAGCAUGGCCUGUGGGGUAGUGCCCUGGAAGGCAGCAGCAAACCCUAUGUUAAAGCCAGGGCUUCCCGUUCCCACUGGGAGAACCUCAAGCCUGCCUCAGGAAGACCUCUCUGUCCAUCAAUGUCUAUUCCUGAUGCCUGAUGUCAUCUGUCUUUCCCCCUCUCUCAUACACACACACACACACACACACACACACAUUAACACAGCAAUACAGGAUAUGCACCUAAACACACACACAUACACACGCUGGUGCUAAUCAAAACCAGGCCUGGACUGUUUCAUUCAUCAUGUGAAAUCAGUCAUGACAUGGUCCUGAAAGAUUAUUCUCCACUUUACCCCCCAAACUAGGUGGGAUAAUCAUGUUCCGAUUACGCGCUUGGUUUUAGCAAUUCAUGACUGAAUUCAAGUUUAAGUCAAGCAUUGCUAUUUGCCUUAGACAGGCAGUGUCUGACUGAGUGGAUGGUAACCCUUCUAUACAAGUAGUAUACUGCACUUGUGUAGAACUAGUAUACUGCACUUGUGCCGUGGAGUGUUCAUGUAAUAUGAAGGUGGCCGUGCCAACAACUGAAGUUGGAAAUGAAUGAUUUUUAUCUUUGAUUGCCUGAAAUAAAACCAAGAAGAAAUGGAGCUGCAGUCCUGCAACCGGUUCAGGCUUUUUGAGAUUUUCUUUUCUGAGGUAAAUAAAUAAUGUGAAUAAAGUCACAUGUUGUGCUUUUUAAUGGAUUGGGAAGUUAUCAUAAUGAAUUAAACAAAUUGAAUGAACCCUA